CGCGGCCCGCGCGGGGGCCGCCGGGAGCGGGGCGCGAUGCGGGCGGUGCUGCGGGCGCGGCUCGGGUGGGCGCUCCGCGGGGCCUCGCUCGGCCGCGCCCCGGGGCCGCCGUGCUGGAGCUGUGGCGCUGCGCUCCCCGGCAGUGACGGGCCGCCGCGCUUCUGCCCCGGCUGUCAGGCUCUGCAGCCGCCGGCGCCGCGGCCUGACCUUUUCCGCCUGAUGGACUGUGACCGCUCGUUCCGCAUCGACGCGCAGCAGCUGCAGCGGCGGUUCCGGAGCCUGCAGCGCGCCGUCCACCCCGACCGCUUCGGCCAGAGGCCGCCGAAAGAGCAGUACUACUCUGAGCAACACUCUUCCCUGAUCAACAAGGCCUACCAGACCCUGCUGAACCCUCUGAGCCGGGGCCUCUAUCUACUGGAGCUGAGUGGAGUGGAGCCAGCACAAGAGACAGACUGUGAUGCAGACUCAGCGUUCCUUAUGGAAAUCAUGGAAAUUAAUGAGAAAUUAGCAGAGCCCAAAAAUGAGGAUAACCUUGAAGAAAUUGAAACUUUAAUUAAAGUUAAACAAGAAGAACUGACCAGAGAGGUGACUGCAGCUUUUGAAAGAGAUGAUCUUCAAGAAGCCAAGAAGCUGCUAGCAAAAAUGAAGUAUUUUGCAAACUUAGAGGAUAAACUAAAGGCCAAGAAGAUCCCUUCCUGAUGUUGCCUCCUUUGCUAUUCAGAGUCUGUGUUAUUUUCAAUUAAACAAAUGGUUUUGUUAUCAAAA